AUGUUUCGCACCGCAGUCGCGCCGCUGCUCAGGCAAUCGGCCACACUAUCGGCUUCGAGAGUCGGCCUGUCACCCAGAGCUGCCGCUCCCUUUUCUACCAGUGCCCUGCGAGCCAGCUAUGAGGACACGAUCAAGAACCUGCUGAUUCAAAAAGACUCCAAGGUGAGACACAUGCGGGCCCUAACUGCUUAUCGCGAGCAUUCAUCGACGCCUGCGUCUCGUUUGUGCAGGUCAUCUGCCAAGGCUUCACCGGAAAGACUGGUACCUUUCACUGCAAGCAGGCCCUCGAAUAUGGCACCAAGCUCGUCGGAGGUGUCUCUCCAAAGAAGGCCGGUCAAGAGCACUUGGGCUUGCCAGUGUUUGGAAGCGUUAGAGAAGCUGCGGAUAAGACCAAGCCCCACGCUAGCGUGCUUUACGUUCCUCCCCCUUUUGCUGCCGAUGCCAUCAUCGAGAGUAUCGAGGCAGAGAUCCCGCUCAUCGUUGCUAUCACCGAAGGUAUUCCUCAAGCUGAUGAGAUCAGGGUGAGUAGCGCCUAUGUGCUGAGGAUCGAUGAGCGCGGGCGAAACAUCCCACUCAGUGAUAAACGCCUUGAUCCUUUGCACCCAUCAGGUCGCGCAUGCACUCAAAGCGCAAUCCAAGUCUCGAUUGGUUGGACCGAACUGCCCAGGCAUCAUCAACCCCGAAGGCUGCAAGAUUGGCAUCAUGCCAGGUCACAUUCACUCCCCGGGUAAGAUUGGUGAGUAGGAUAUGCUUGCAAUUGGGACCAUGUCGCGCACCUCAAUCGCUCUGACGGGCCCCAUCUGGCACACAUUCUCUUGCGCAGGCAUCGUAUCGCGUUCGGGCACCUUGACAUACGAGGCUGUCAACCAGACGACCAAUGUUGGUUUGGGACAGUCGAUCUGCGUGGGUAUCGGAGGAGACCCUUACCCUGGCUCCACAACAUUGGACCUCGUCAAGCUGCUCCUCGACGAUCCCAAGUCUGAGGGUCUGGUUCUGAUCGGAGAGAUUGGCGGCUCGAUGGAAGAGGAUGCAGCAGAAUAUUUGGAAAAGUACAACAAGACCAGAAAGAACCCCAAGCCCGUAGUUGCUUUCAUUGCUGGUAGAACCGCUCCUCCCGGCAGACGUAUGGGUCACGCAGGUGCGAUCAUUGCCGGAGGCAAGGGUGGAGCAGACGACAAGGUCAGAGCGCUGGAAAAAGCCGGUGCUAUCGUCGCUGACAGCCCAGCCAAGAUCGGUGAACUGUAAGUGCGAGGUAGGCAAAUGCAAGCUAAGUAUUCAUCUGACAAGGCGCUCUGCCUCUCAUUCAAACAGCAUGAAGAAGGCGAUGCAGGAAGCAGGUCUCGCGUGA